UCCAAAAACCGGUCGAUAAAAAAUUCAAAAAUAAAUAUAAACCUUAACAGAAUAUUUACAAGAAACAACAAAAAUGGUUAAAGAUCGACUACCGGAGCUUUUACAGCGAACGCUGAGCACAAGCUCGAAUUCAUCGUCAAAUGGUUCACUGUUUGUUAAUAUGUACAGUGGAACCACGGAGUUCGUGAACAACAGUAAUACCAGCAGUGGCAGUAACAACUAUACGAUAGUACCUAUCCACAAUAUCACAAAUAAUACCAACAACAAUAAUAAUAAUAGUAGCGAGAAGAAUAAAGAACGACUUGGCCAGAAAAUGUCUCAGAAUGGAACAAAUGUGGAUGAUAUUCUUAAUCCGUACUCGGAAAUACGACAACAACUUGCAGUUAUUGCCGCCAAUUUGGAAGCCAUGAACCGAAUGACCCAAACCAUUAAUCUGCGAACGUUCAACGAAAAUGAAAUGGAUGAACUGCAUAAUAAAAAUCUAAGAGUUGGCAAUCAAUUAAUGACACGCUUCAAGGAUUUUAAGGCGAAUCUACCGGCAGAAAAUGACUAUAGCCUGGAGGCCAGGAUGAAAAGGACACUUUUCUAUGGCCUGCAUCAGACCUUUAUCAAUCUGUGGCACAAAAACGAACUAUUCCUGCAAAAUUACGAGACAAAGGUCAAGAAAAAUCUGAGACUUCACUCCAAAAUCAUCAACUCGGAAGCCAGCGAACAAGAAAUCGAGUCACUCAUCGAAAACAAAACAACAAAGCUCUUUGUGGACAAUUUCCUACAAGAGACGGAGAAGGAACGACAAACGCUGCGUGAUCUGAUGGAUCGAUUCAAUGAGCUGCGUCGCCUGGAGAAGUCCAUCGAGGAGGUGCAUGCUCUGUUCAUGCGCAUUCAGACGCUCGUAAUGGAGCAGAGCGAGACGAUCCAGCGCGUCGAGUUCCAUGCCCAGCAGGCGACCCUACAUGUGGACAAGGGCGCCGAUGAGCUGGACCAGGCCGAGAAGCAUCAGAAGCGUGCGCGGAAGAAAAAAAUAAUGCUCAUUACGAUACUUGCGGCCGUUGUAUUAGUAUUACUACUUGUUGGUAUUUAUUUGUGAUGCACAUGCGACAAACAACUUUUUUUUUUAUACAUAUAAGAUUUUAACUUAAGUAAAUAAAACUUGAUAAAUGAUGAAACUGAAGAAAAUUUAAUUUUUGACGCCAUCAUUGGAAAAGUUUAAAUUUUUGCACGAAGCGUCUUCGAAUUUUGGGCAACCCCUUGCUGAGAUUGCCGGAUCGUUGCAAAUGUUAAGUAUUACCGUAAGAUAGUGUUAUAUAAUGUUUAUAUAUAUAUAUUUAUUAAAGUAUUUAACAUAAUAAUGUUAAAUUAUAAAUAGAUUGAAAAAAUGAUAGCCUUUUCGUUCUUUUUGGUUCCUUUGUCGGAUUUCCAUGUGCGAUUAAUUGCUGACCUAAAUAUAUUGUUAUUAUAAAAGUCUGACCUAAAUUAUAUCUUAAGGAAUUAUUCAUU